AUGCCAAGGAUACCGGCCGAACUCCUCUCCUCACACCAGGGAGGAUUGCAAGCCCUAGGGGACGCCUUCCACGAUGUCGCUGGGAUGGACGAAGUCGGCGCUGAGUUUCGCCGUCGCGUUGAAAUCAGGGAGCAAGCCAAGAGGCUUGCCCUGGAGUCUGACAGCAAGGAGGCGAUCAAGCGAGCAGUCCGCACCUCCUCGACCCCCACCAGGCACUGGAACCAAGGUCAAUGGGUCUAUGUCUUCCGUCGCGGGAAACCCGGAGACCCUCUUCAUCCUGUCUCUCGCUGGGUUGGGCCCGGACUCGUAGUACUGCAGACCAAGUCAAUAGUGUGGGUGGCGAUGAGAACCCGUCUUUGGCGAUGCGCACCCGAGCAACUACGACCUGCGGACCCUUCGGAGAUGAUGGGUCGUCAGUUGGCCACGGAUCCCGCUCUCGGGGAACUUCUCCGGCAGGUGGUGUCUGGAACACAGGCCCGGGCUAUUGACGUGGCCCGAGAAGGUCCGCCUCCAACCUCCAAUGAAGAAGCUGACUCGGCUGUUCAUCGAGUACCAGAUGGGCCGGAGGUGACCGAGGAGGUUCCCAUCAACUCGACCAAGCACCCAUGGACGUCCUACCAGUACCUCCAGGUCUUCUACCUCCUCCUCGAGAGCCUGAAGUAUCCGGAGGACUCCCGGCUAUCCACGAACGAGGAGUCCAACGAGCAGCCCGACUCGAGGAAGCCGCUUCCUCUUCAGCCGGAGCGCGAGCCCCGGGAACACCUAUGGAGCCACUACUACAAGCCCUACGACGAGGGCGACAAGCUUCCGGAGAGGACGAGCCCAUUGCCAUUUCUGAACGAGGCCCUCUUCCAGCGCGACACCCUGGACGAGAGCUUCUCCUGGUUCUCGUACAAGGCGGAGCAGGGCUGGACUCUUCUGGCUAACCGAAACGACGAGGUGGACAUCAAGAAGCUGGCGAGAGAUGAGCAGGAGAUGUUUCUCAAGUCCGAUGCCGUGGAGUGGGAAGCAAUCCUUAAGACUAAGGCGGUGAGGGUGGCCACUGGUGCGGAAGCCCAACGACUACGAGCUAAAUAUCCCGAUCGAAUUGUGAGCUCUCGAAUGGUUCGCCGGAAGAAACCCACCGGCGAUCUGCACCAGUGGAAAGCCAAGAGCCGCUGGUGUCUCCACGGUCAUGCGGACCCCGAUACCGGUCAGCUGUUGACUUUUGCGCCCACGCCUCAGGCUGAGUCGAUGAUGCUCUUUCUACAGUGCGGUCUUAGCCUGAACCACAGCUUCGCCUUCUGCGUCCUCUCUUCGCCGAGCCUUGUGAAGGACUCUGUCUCCCAGCCCGGAGCCCUCAUUGUGAUUGAGAUUCCGGUCUACGGAUUGGACGACGCUCCAGCUGCGUGGCGCGAGACCCGCUUCCUGGUGGAGGACAUGAAAUUCACCCGGAGCCUCGUGGAGCCCUGCUGGUUCUUCCGACAUAAUGCUGUCGGACACAAUGAGGCCCAAGUCCUGGUGGAGGUCGACGACUUCAUUGUCUCCACAGAUCCCACCAUCCGAGACGAGGUGCGCUCCGCUUUUGAGGCUCGAUUUAAGUUCGGAAAGUGGGAUCGAGACCAGGCCGACUACGCUGGUCGACGUGUCCGAGUGCUGGACGACCGCAUCCUCGUGGACCAGGACCAGGAGAAGUACAUCCUGGAGCAGCUGCAGCCGAUCCACUUGGCAAAAGGGCGCCGCUCCGCCAAGGACCAGAAGCUCCUGCCCGACGAGUUUGCUGCCUUCCGCUCCAUGAUCUAUCGAAUCAGUUGGGUUGGGAAGGAAUGCCGUCCAGAGAUGUGCGGCUUGUCGUCGAUUAUGGCGAGCCGGCUGGAUCGUGCCACCGUAGACGAUGCCCUGGUUGUCAACCGGUGUGUGAACCACCUUCGGAAUACCGCAUCCCGACCUCUCACUAUCUGGAAGAUCCAGCCGUCGGACCUCUCCUUCGUGAUAAUCGACGAGCUCGGUCUUCCCGCAGAUGCCACGCAGGGCGCCUGGAUGGUGGUGGCAUCCGAGGGCCUUCCCAUCGGGGACCAGAAAGUCCGAGCCUCUCCAAUCAGCUGGCGAAGCAGUAAGCUCAAGAGGGAAGUGUACUCCACCUUCGGAGGAGAGACACAAGCGAUGCUGCAGGGACUAGCUGAGGGCGAUUGGCUUCAGAUCAUGCUGCGAGACGCUCUGUUCGGAGAUGUACAGUUAAGGGACUGGAGAAACAGCCUCAGUCCCCACAUGCUGGUGAUGCGCUCCUCCAUCCAGGUUCCAGAGCGACAGCCACAGUGCAGCGUCACCGAUGCCAAAAGCCUCUUUGACUGCUUGCUGAAGGAGCAUCCUCAGGGAAGACAAGAUCGCCGCUCGGCCCUGGAAUUAGCAAUCAUCGUGAAGGACCUGCAGGAGACAAAGUCGAUGGUCAGGUGGACGCCACAUCAGAAAAUGUUGGUGGACGCGCUCACCAAGGCGGACCCUCUUCGCAGCAACGGCGCCAUGGACUGCUUUCUGAAGACAGGGUUGCUUAGCUUAGUGGACGUCGAGACCGAGCUGAGACAGCGGUCCGAAGACGUUAGGUUUCGCCGACGUAGUCAUUCAGCUUCUGCUGCAAGAUUGGCUCAGGAGUAUGAAGCAGCACAUACCGCGUUCUGGUCAACAUUAAAUGGGGGGAACUGUUCCGAGGAUCCGCUUGUCAUAGGAGUGCUCUCUUGA